AUGUUUGCCGCCUCGCAAACAUACUAUCACCACCCUUCCCCCGUCCUCCUCAAACCAAAAAACUCCCAACUGAACGUCUCCGAAUCCCUACUAUCAGUCUGUAAAUCCGUCAUCCCACCCUUCCAUCCUCACCCUCUCCUCCGCAACGGCCAUCUACAAACCUGUGCUAUCCUAUUCGCCUCCGAUCAUGUUCCAAUCCACUACAAACGACACGUCCUGAACUCAGAAACUCCAAACGAUCCGGGAACAUUCAGUAUCGACGUUGUAGUCCCCGCGUCCGAAACUCCCACAGAAGAUAACGACUCGCAAACACCAUCGACAUCGACAUCGAAACCGGUAUUACCGGAAACUCAUCCGGAUUAUUUCCCCCCUCGUACAACUUUUUUCACACAAGAUGAAUUCGACGAAUGGAAAUCCGACGAUGAGACGAAUCCAUUGAUUAUUGCGCUUCAUGGUCUUAGCGGUGGAUCCCACGAGACGUAUGUACGACUGACGUUGGAACCACUCGUUCGAUCGAAAAAGGAUGGAGGGUUGGGAUACGAUGCUUUGGUUGUCAAUGCGAGGGGGUGCGGUUGGACCAAACUGACAGAUAACAAAAUGUUUAACGCAAUGUUCACCAGAGACAUAAACCACAUCGUCAACCUCAUGCGUCGAAAGUUCCCAAAACGUCCACUUAUGGCUGUUGGUUUCUCUCUCGGCGCAAACAUCCUCGCAAACUACCUUGGUCAAUCCGGUGCUUCCACUCCCCUCCACGCCGCAGUCCUCCUCUCCUCCCCUCACAACAUGGACGUAUGUGCCAAAAUCAUGUUCAUGACCUUCACCGGUCGUUUAUACUCCAAAUUCAUGGCCGGUAACCUAAAAAAACUAUUCGAAAGAAACUUCGACAUGCUCUCCAAGAAUCCAGCCAUAAACAUCGAAGGCGCUCGUAAUGCAACUUAUCUCUACGACUGGGAUACCGCGGUUACAGCACCAGUAUUCGGUUUCAGAACCGGAGGAGAAUAUUAUCGCGCAUCCAGUUCGGUGGAUAAGUUGAUCGAUGUUAAGAUUCCAACCUUGAUUAUAAAUGCUGAAGAAGACCCGAUUUCACUCCAGAAUGCGUUUCCGAGGCAGGAGGCGGAGGCGAAUCCGUAUAUUUGCUUUGUGACGACGGGGUAUGGUGGACACUUGGGAUGGUUUGAAUGGGGGAUGCAAAGGUGGUUUCCCAAGCCGAUUAUGGGAUUCUUGGAGAGAAUGGCGGAAUUGGAGGUUGUAGAAAGCGAGGGAGAGUUCGUAGAUGUCGGUCGAACAUAG